AUGUUCAAGAUGGCAAAACCGAUUGUUGUGUCUCUCAACGAUCUCAAGGAGGGCAACGUUCCCUUCGAGACUCUGAAGGAGGCAUUUGGGCCCGAAUCUCUGGGUAUCCUGUUGGUCAAGGAUGUGCCGCCAGAAUUCACUCAUUUGAGGCAACAGACCUUGUCUUACGCCUCUUACUUGGGCAACCUCCCCGAAGAAGAGUUGGUCAAGCUUGAAAAUGAGAAAGCCAAAUACCUGACGGGCUGGUCCCUGGGAAAAGAGACACUGAAAAAUGGUCAAGUUGACACAUUCAAGGGCUCCUAUUAUGCCAACUGCGCGUUCUAUGUUGAUGCAGCCCUCGACUGUGCUAAGCCGACCGCCGAAUUCAACCAGAUUAACUUUCCCGAGUAUCUAUCGCCUAAUAUUUGGCCGUCACAAGACGUCCUUCCGGGGUUCAAGCCUGGCUUGGAGAGCCUAUGCAGAAUCAUAAUUGAUACGGCCGUCUUAGUAGCCCGAGCAUGCGACAGAUUUGCUGAGUCCGAGAUCCCAGGAUAUUCCAAGGGCUACCUUGAACAUGUCGUCGGUACAUCGAACACAACCAAGGCGCGCCUUCUGCACUACUAUCCUCAGACGAAAGAAGCCCUCUCUAAGAUCGGUGCAGCCGACGAUGACUGGUGUUCGAGGCACAAAGAUCAUGGAUGUCUGACUGGCCUAACUUCUGCCAUGUUCAUUGACGAGAAAGAGACUUCGACCGCAGUACCUAAAGCUACAAAUAGCACUUCGGCAAGUCUGCCGCCUCUCGCAGAGCUGGCUGCGUCUCCCGAUCCAUCGGCAGGGCUGUAUAUCGAAUCGCGGAGCGGAGAGACGGUGCAGAUCAAGAUACCGCGGGAUUGCAUCGCUUUCCAGACUGGCGAAGCGUUAGAGCGCAUCACGGGCGGCAAGUUCAAGGCAGUACCGCACUUUGUAAGAGGGGUCAGAGCAGCAGUGAGCGACGGCCGCGUUGCGCGUAACACGUUGGCCGUCUUCACUCAGCCCAACCUCGGCGAGGAGGUUGACAUUGAGCAGCAUAUAACAUUUGGCGAGUUUGCGCGGGGCAUCGUGGCUAAGAAUACUGUAUCGUGA